AUGAUGCAUGAGCCAAAUAACAACCUCCAAAAGCAAAGAAUUCCCGCUUCUUAUCGUUCACUCUUUGAGUGGUGCAGUCCUCGUACCACCAGCAUGCCUUUGCCCGAAGGCGGCUCCAUUCGUCCAAGGACUCCAUGCUGCGACAUUUCAUCGCAAGCACCAGAGGGUAGUAGCAUGAUGUAUACCAAGAGUCGCUUUCAAGUGCGCCACAAAGACCAGUGGGAAACACAGUUUCAGCUUUUGCACGAGUUCAAACGCAAACAUGGUCACUGCCGCAUUCCUCAUACCUAUCCAGAGAAUCAAUCACUGGCACGGUGGGUCAAACGCCAACACAGGCAAAAGCUAACCGGAAAGAAUACGACCAUGACUGCUCGUCGUAUCCGAGCUCUGGAAGAGCUUGGCUUCAUUUGGGACUCUCAUUCCGCUUCGUGGGAGCAACGGAUGAGCGAUCUGAUAGAAUUUCGGGACAAACAUAUGGCCACGGCCAUGUUCCGACUCAUUACCAAGAAAACAAGCAGCUAG